AUGAUAAGUGAUGAUGUGCUGGCAGCUGACAGGGGAAAGUCAGUCUGUACGGGGCUGGUGAUGGUGGAUCAGACCUCAGUGGUUCCAUCAAAGCUAUGCUCCAGAGUUUUACAGACUUUACAUGAAGGGCACCUAGGCACAGUUAAAAUGAAGAGUCUAGCCCGUGGCUAUGUCUGGUGGCCGGGCAUUGAUAAACAAAUUGAAGACAUCACAAAAACCUGUUGUCAAAAGGUUCAGAAUGAGCCAACAUCAGCAUCCCUUCAUCCAUGGGAGUGGCCUUCUGCCCCCUGGCGAAGAGUGCACAUAGAUUUCGCUGGCCCAUUUAAGAACUCCAUGUUUCUGAUUGCAGUUGAUGUCCACUCCAAGUGGCCAGAGGUGAUACCAAUGAAAUCUACUACCUCAGAAAAUACUGUGUCUGCCCUUAGGACCAUCUUCGCUCGGAAUGGUCUACCUGAGCAGAUCUUGAGUGAUAACGGACCACAGUUCGCCUCUGACGUGUUCAGUCUCUUCAUUACGUAGAAUGGCAUCAAACAUAUCAGGUCAGCACCACACCAUCCAGCCACAAAUGGCUUAGCUGAGAGAUUUGUUCAAACCUUCAAAAGAGCUGUUAAAGCUAUGGACCAGGAGGACUUGACCCUUCAACACAAGGUGGAUAAUUUCCUCUUCAGCUAUAGGAACUCUGUUCAUGCUACAACGAACUAA